UAAUAACUUUUUUUAAUUCCUUGUCGACUUGGCCCACCUGCAUAAAUGACGUCACCGCCCACCGCGACGAGGGACAGAAGCAACCGGCAACACUUCCUUCACCUGCAGAAUCGGACAGGAAGAAGAACACCUUCACAACAAAAGUUGCGAGUCAUGGGGGAGUCCCAAGUCAUCACGGAGGAGCUGCUGGGUCUCUGUCUCCAGCGAAUCACAAUUGAGGAAAACGCCAGGAACGUCGAGCUCGAGUUCAUCGAGGUGUUGAGAAACGUCGAGAGCAUCAGGAAGCGGUGGCUGCACGCCGAGACGGAGCUGAAGAAGUACAAGGAGCUGCUGGUCAAGUCGGACGUGGCCAAAGCCGGGCUGGAGGUCAAGCUCAAGCACGCCCGCAACCAGCUGGACGUGGAGAUGAGGAAACGCUACAAGAUGGAGGGCGACUUUCAGUACCUGCAGCGGCAGAUGCAGCUCAUGUGCGACAUCCUGGUCCACGACACCAAAUCCAGCGCGUGUUUGAACGAGGAGCAGAAAUCCCUUUUGGCCACCUUCGAACACAAAGGCGCCAACAAGACCUUGCACCGCUGCAGCAAACGGUUGUCUGCCAUCGACGAGUCAUCCUUCUUUUCGCACUCCGACAUCAGCUACGAUCGGACAGAUGACGACUUGGAUCUGGACACAAGUCUGCUAAAACCCCUCAGGUCUCGGGCCCGAGAGAGGAGGCGUUCGUCGAUGGGUCUGACGGUCGCCUUGCCGGCGGAAAAGCGAGGGCGCAACGGCAAUAUUUCUGCCGAGCCGCCGGGGCAAAAAAACGUCGAGAAGGAGGUGGAGACCACCGUCAAGGCUUUAGUGACGACCCCUGACACCGGAGUUCAGGUUCACGUGGAGGUCGGAAUCCCGCCGGAGACUCCUGAGGAGAUCGCGCAGGAGUCUGCUGCUUCUGACAGUCCCAGAGAUCAGAACUCUUUGUGGUUUCCGUGCGAUCCCGGCGAAGCUCAAGUACAGACCGAAGAAAAAUGUCGGAAACACGUCUUCCUGUCGAAAACGGUGAGGUUUCUUUCUUUCUUUUUUUUUUUUUUUUUGGUUUUCCCGCUAGAAAUUUCGAUGGUAAACUUGCCGAUCUUCCUCCGCCAGGUGAUCCGGCCCGAGAUGUGUCUGCCCUGCGGCAAGAGGAUCCGCUUUGGCAGGGCGGCGCUCAAGUGCAGGAACUGCCGCAUGGUUUCUCACACCGAGUGCAAGCAGAGGUGCGCGGAGACCUGCGUGCCCGGCGCGGCCGCGGCGAACGCCGAGCAGGUCUCGCUGGAGGAUUUCGCCCCUGCGACGCAUCCCAGAAUUCCCCCGCUCAUCGUUGCGUGCGUGAAGGAGAUCGAGAGGCGGGGCUUACAGGAGCGAGGCCUCUACAGAGUUCCCGGUGGCGAGCGUCAGGUCAAGGAACUGCGCGAUCGCUUCCUGGGUGGUAAAAAACCGCAGUUCCAACUGAGCAACGUUUCGGACGUCCACGUGGUUUGCGGCUUCCUCAAAGACUUCCUGAGGAAGCUGAAAGAACCGCUGGUCACCUUCAAGCUCCACCGCAACUUUAUGGCCGCUUCGGAGAUGAGCGACGACCAGAAGAGUACGGCCACCGUGAUCCGGACUGUCGCGGAGCUGCCCAAGCCCCACAGAGACACGCUGGCCUUUCUCAUGCUUCAUUUUCACAAAGUGAUGCAAAGUCCAAAGUGUCAGAUGGACCAGAAUAAUCUUUCCCGGGUUUUGGGACCAACUCUGGUGGGCCACGGACUGACGGAGCCGUCGCCGUCGACAAUCAUGCGCGACACAACCACUCAGCCGAAGGUGGUUUUUCGGUUCUUGUCGCUCCCCGAGGAUUACUGGAGGCAUGUUCUCAGCGCCCAGGGCAGCAACCAGGGCCAAGGACGGGAAGCUCAUUUCUUUGAUCCGCUAACGUCUCCCGAGCUGAGCGGUCGCCAGGGCGCACCCGGCAGGGCGUCGGUUCGAAGUCGCGCUAAGAACGUGGGGAACGGCUACGCGGAGCCGGGGAGGAGGUUCUUCACGUCGCCCAGCUGACGGAAUGUUCAUCUGGCUUUGUCACAUUUUUUUUGGGUGGGGGUGGG